AUGCUCCGAUUUUUGCUGGCACAUUUUCUCGAAAUACUGCUGAACAGUCUUUUUGAAGACUGCGAUUCGGAGUGCAAUGAUAAUGGAGGUCUAGCAAAGCGUCGCCGGGUCUAUAGCCCCACUCAUGAGCCUGAGCGCAAUGAGGCUGGCAGUAGCAACAAUGGCCGGGUAGCCCCCAGCACACCUGAUCAACAUGCCCCUCCACCCUUGCCUCCAGAACCUACUGCAGCUGUAAACCCCUCCCGGACCCGCCCGUUUACACAAUCUCAGGCUCUUCGAGUUGGGAUUGGAUUCCGAGUUGAGCACAAUGCUCUCCCAGACGGUCCCCGGCCCCUGGCUCCGCCUCUUGAUGAGGUAGCUCCCUUACAAAAUGAACACAUGAACACAGAGCAACAACUUCCCAGGCGGCAAGGGUAUCGAACUUCCCCCGACUUAUUUGGUCGCUAUCGAGUAUACGCAUCGCGCCCCUUGACUAUCCCUGACCUCAAUGCUCCAAUGGCUCAUGUUCUCCCCCUGCACCUUUGCCGCCCAUUAAACCAUGCUCAGUCUGUUGAGAAAAUCAUCCAACCAUGCCCCAACUUGUCUGUCUACUAUGUACAACGGCACCACUGGCUUAAUGGCAAUACAAAAUCUCUUGCUGACCGGGACUUUCUUGUUGAUGAGGUACUGCUUCAACCGGGUUUCAAUCCGGCCGACAUGGUUGGUGUCAACUUAUGGGAGAUCGACAACCAACUUGCCAAGGCCGCUCAAAAUCAAGAUCCAAGCUGUCCGCCUGCAGAGGGAUGGAAAAAUAUUCCACUGGUUCUUGAAGUCCCUCGCCUUCGGAGUCAACUCAGCAAAGAUCCAUUUCAUGUUGAGGUUUCUGGACUUCGUGCGCGCAGUCUCUUGGACAUUAUGAGGAAGACCUUUUCGUCUAACAAAAGUCCAACCUUCCACUAUGAGCCGUACUACGAAUACUAUAAACCGCCCAAUACCCCCAACUCAACCCCGCAGCCUCUUUUUGGCGAAAUGUACACUUCUGCGGCAAUGAAUCGAGUACAUCGCAAGGUCCAGACGGCACAAAUUUCCGACCAAAAUUGCAUACUCCCCCGCUGUGUUGCCGCAUUCAUGUUCUCGUCUGAUGGCAUACAAUUUGCCCAGUUUUCGCACGUUAAAGGAUGGCCAAUAUUAUGCUAUUUUGGGAACAAAAGCAAAUACGAGAGAUGCAAGCCCACCUCGAAUACCUGUUAUGCAGCUGCACAUGUUCCUACUCUACCUGAUAGUAUAAAGGACGAAAUCACAAGGCUUUACGAUGGGAAACCUCCAAAUGAGGCGCUCUUAACUCACCUUCGCCGUGAACUUAUGCAUGCCAUAUGGACUGCGCUCAUUGACGAAGAGUUUGUAGACGCAUGGAGGAAUGGCAUAGUUAUCGACUGUGCCAAUGGGAUUCGACGUCGAGUCUUCCCUUGUAUCAUGACUUACUCAGCUGAUUACCCGGAGAAAGUUUUAUUAGCUACAAUACGGAAUGGAGGACAGUGCUUGUGUCCCCGAUGCCUUGUACAAAAACCAAUGGCUUCACAGGUCGGCACCACCCAGGAUAUGAACACACGAAAGCAUAAGCACCGGAAAGAUAACGACAAAUACCACAAGAAGAUUAGCCAGGCACGUGACCUGAUUUAUACACAAGGCCGCUUGGUUCAGAGCAAGGCCGUUGAAGAUUUGCUAAAGGAGGAAUCCUAUGUGCCUACUCAGAAUGCUUUCUCACGUCUAGGUGGCCAACAGGAGUUCAAUGUAUUCUCAUCACUUGUAGUAGAUCAACUCCACAAAGUUGAACUUGGGGUUUGGAAAACGCUAUUCAAACAUCUAGUCCGACUGCUACAUCUUGGUGGGAACAAUGUUGUUUCGGAGUUUAAUAAACGUUUCCGAAGCAUCCCCCCCUUUGGAUCCACCAUUCGAAUGUUCUCAGAGGACGUUGCUAGUAUGGGUCGGAUUGCAGCCCGAGACUUCGAAGAUAUCCUUCAGUGCUCUAUUCCUGCUUUUGAAGGUCUCUUACCGGAGUCAUGUGAUAGACCCGCACAACAAUUGCUGUUUAUUUUUGCUCAGUGGCAUGGGAUGGCAAAACUCCGACUCCAUACAAAAUCUACCCUUGGCAUUUUUAAGUCCCUUACGAUCAAACUUGCUUCAGCCCUUCGAGCGUUUUCGGAUCUCACAAAGUCCCUGGAUGUUCGUGAGACUCCCCAAGAGUAUGCUCGUCGCAAGAAAAGACAAGAAGCAGCAAAGGCGGUGGCUAUGACAAGAAUUCAUCAAGAAACCCCAACUCGGCAAACCAUUUCCCAUUCUGGAGAUGGACGGCGCAUAUGCUCAUUAAACUUGAAUACCUACAAGUUUCACGCGUUGGGCGACUAUGUGCGAACAAUUGAGGAGUUUGGAACCACGGAUUCAUAUUCAACUCAAAUAGGGGAGCUACAGGGCCGGAGAUUCAAAGCUCAAUAUUCUCGAACCAACAAACAAGACGCCGUUACACAAAUGACCCGCAUAGACGAUAUAACUAGUGUACUACGAGAGAUGGAGGGAGCUCUUACCGCACUGCAGAAAGCUUCAACCAACCAACCACCAAUCGACGAAGGAGCAAUGGACUCCCUUCUCGAUGGGGAACCUUACUUCAUCGGGCUUAAGGAUCGCUCCGAAGACAUGAUUCCGAACGUUUCACUGUGGGUCUCGCAAAAUUCACACGACAUCUCGACGAGAUUUUUCCUGCCCCAGCUGAAACGACACCUCCUUGCUCGGGUCCUUGGCGAUUCCAAUCACCCCGAAUUUUGCAAUAGCAAUAUUCUCAAGGUUCGACUUGCCCAAGAGCGCAUGUAUCGGCAUAACACACUUCGAGUCAAUUAUACGUCGUAUGAUAUCUUGCGCCAGCAAGAUUCACUUAGCCCCACUUCCCACCAAUGCUUCGCAUUGCUCCCAACAAAAGCUGAUCGACAUCCUGACGAACACCCCUUUGUUUACGCAAAGAUCCUAGGGGUUUAUCACGCCAAAGUUCUCUAUGAUCGACGCCCCCCUAAACGCUACGAGUUCAUUCACGUAAGGUGGCUUUAUUACGACUACGAUCGACCUGGGGGGUGGGAACAUCACAAGUUGGACCGAUUGCACUACCAAAUGUGCCGCAACGAUCAAGAUAUUCUUGAUGCGUUCGAUUUCAUAGACCCGAAAGACAUUCUUCGUGCAACCCACCUCAUACCCGAUUUCCAGGCAGGCAAAACACCUGAAUAUAUUCCCCGCUUUCAUUCUUUUGCGCACGAUCACACCGAAGGUACAGACUGGAGUGCAUACUAUGUCAACAGAUUUGUGGAUCGAGAUAUGCUAAUGCAUUACAUUGGAGGGGGUAUUGGCCAUUAUCAACCAACCCCUUCCGAGACUACAGUUGGGUCAAACGAUGAAUCGGACGGGGAAGAGCAAGCUGACAACGACGAUGAAGACGAACUUGGGGACGAAGACAAAGACGGCAAUGGUGCCGAUGAAGACCAAGGCAAAGCGCCGGAAUCCGAACGUACGGAAGAUACAAUCAACCAAGAAGACGUCGAUGUCAUUGAAUUUGACGGAGAACCGAGCGACGAAGACAUGGAUGACGAGGCUGAGAGCGUUCUUGAAGGCGACGAUGAGAUAGACGAUGAGAUUGAAUUCUAA